AUGUCUCCGAAGCCUAAGUUCGUUUUCGUUCUCUCUUCGCAGAGCACUCUCCCUAGUCGUGGCACGCCAACGGGAUGGUAUCUCCCUGAGUUCGUUCAUCCUUAUAAUAAGCUCUCGCCCAUGUUCGAUAUCGUGGUCGCCUCUCCAGCUGGCGGUGAAGCCCCCCUCGAUCCCUACUCAAUCGAAGCGACAAGAGAGGACCUUGAAUGCGUGGCUUUCCUCAAGGAGAAGUCUCAUGUCUGGAAGGACACAGUGAAGCUUAAGAGCCUGCUAGGCAAGGCUUCCGAGUUUGCGGGAAUAUUCUACGUUGGUGGUCACGGUCCCAUGUUUGAUCUUGCCAACGAUGAGACAUCCCAUGCUGUCGUCCGGGAGUUCUAUGAGUGUGGUAAAGUGGUCUCUGCUGUGUGCCAUGGUCCUGCCGCUCUAGUCAACGUGAAGCUAUCCGACGGAAACUACUUGGUUACUGGCCAGAAGGUCACGGGUCUCUCUGAUGCCGAAGAGGAAAUCAUGCAAUUCACUAGUGAUAUGCCAUUCCUGCUGGAGACGGAGCUACGCAAAAAUGGUGGAAUGUACGAAAAGGCCGAGAGCCCCUUCGGCGUUAAGGUCAUCACCAGUGGGUGGAACAGCAAGUUGGUUACGGGUCAGAACCCUCCAAGUGCCGCCGUGAUCGGCGAAAUUGCUCGCGCAUCCUGA